AUGCCUGAUGUUGGGGCUGUCUUUUAUGAAGCUUUUUUUAAAAAACCCGAAGAUAUAAUUCACCCUCACCCUUAUACUGAUGCGCCAUGGUCAGGUGCCGAAAAUUACGAUGAAGCAAACCCUCCGGCUUCUAUAGAUGAAGUCUUAGAUAUUAUUAGAUCUCGUGUUAAAAAGAAAUCAUGCGAUGCACACGCUGCAGUUAUAGCUGGACGAAUAGGGAUUAGGUACACAGAACAGUGCAUUGAUUUGGAAAGAAGACUGAAAUUGUUAUGCGAUCAGUUAGAAUUUUAUGCUAUUUUAUCUGUACAACCGGUAAACUUCUCAAAAACAGAAGCAUUAUGGUCUGCAAGAGCUAUCGGCUCUCCAAAAUUUAGCAGAACAUUAGCAGGUAACUUUAAAACGAUUACACUUUCACCAAUGAUAAAUAUACCUACAGCUGAUGCAAUUAUUAAUAUUGACCAAGCAUUUAUGCUUCAACGCAUCGGUCAAAUAUUCGGCGAAACUUGA